AUAAUAAACUCCCCUAGUGCCUGUCCUGCCCAGUUACAAAAAGCCACCAGCACCUUGUCUACCCCCGUGUUCUGUUCGUUUCUGCUCUCCAAAACUCAGAUUUUAUCACUACUCGCUCUUUCUUUGGUUUGGUUUCGUAAAGCUAAACCCACCAGCUUCGAAUUGUCUGAUACUUUGUAAGUGCAGAGUAAAGCAAAGGAGAUGGCAAAUAUAGACAUUGAUGGAAUCUUGAAGGAGCUUCCAAAUGAUGGCCGUGUCCCUAAAACCAAAAUCGUUUGUACUCUAGGGCCCGCUUCGCGCUCCGUUCCCAUGAUAGAGAAGCUACUGAGGGCUGGGAUGAAUGUUGCUCGCUUCAAUUUCUCUCAUGGAAGCCAUGAGUAUCAUCAAGAGACCUUGAACAAUCUCAGGUCUGCUAUGCAAAAUACAGGCAUUCUCUGCGCCGUCAUGCUUGACACCAAGGGACCUGAAAUUCGAACUGGCUUCCUGAAGGAAGGGAAACCUGUUCAACUUAAGGAAGGCCAAGAAAUUACUGUAACUACUGAUUACGACAUCAAGGGAGAUGAGAAGAUGAUCUCCAUGAGCUACAAAAAAUUGGCUGUUGAUCUGAAGGCUGGAAAUACCAUUUUGUGCGCAGAUGGUACAAUCACGCUAACAGUGUUAGCCUGUGAUCCUGCUGCUGGAACUGUGAGAUGCCGCUGUGAGAAUACUGCAAUGAUUGGUGAGAGAAAAAAUGUUAACCUUCCUGGUAUUGUGGUGGACCUUCCCACACUCACGGAGAAGGAUAAGGAAGACAUCUUAGGAUGGGGAGUUCCCAACAAUAUUGAUAUGAUUGCUCUUUCAUUUGUACGCAAAGGGUCUGAUCUUGUCAAUGUCCGUAAGGUCCUUGGUCCCCAUGCAAAGCAUAUUCAAUUGAUGUCGAAGGUUGAGAACCAAGAGGGUGUUAUCAACUUUGAUGAGAUCUUGCGUGAGACCGAUGCAUUUAUGGUUGCACGUGGUGAUCUUGGAAUGGAGAUUCCGGUGGAGAAGAUCUUCCUAGCACAAAAGAUGAUGAUAUACAAGUGUAAUCUUGCGGGCAAGCCUGUUGUUACUGCCACUCAAAUGCUUGAAUCUAUGAUUAAGUCUCCUAGGCCAACCCGUGCUGAAGCUACUGAUGUUGCUAAUGCUGUUCUCGAUGGUACUGAUUGUGUCAUGCUCAGUGGUGAGAGUGCUGCUGGGGCCUAUCCAGAGCUUGCUGUGAAGAUUAUGGCUCGAAUUUGUAUUGAGGCGGAAUCCUCCCUCGACUAUGGUGCAAUCUUUAAAGAAAUGAUUCGAUCAACUCCACUUCCAAUGAGCCCAUUGGAAAGUCUUGCAUCCUCAGCCGUACGAACAGCUAACAAAGCUAAAGCUAAACUCAUUGUUGUUUUAACGCGUGGAGGAACAACAGCCAAGUUGGUUGCCAAGUACAGACCAGCUGUUCCUAUCCUAUCCGUAGUUGUCCCCGUCUUAACAACUGAUUCAUUUGAUUGGACCUGCAGCGACGAAAGGCCAGCAAGACAUAGUCUGAUAUAUAGAGGCUUGGUUCCUCUACUGGCAGAAGGCUCAGCUAAGGCAACUGAUGCAGAAUCUACUGAGGUUAUCUUGGAAGCUGCUCUGAAGUCAGCUACGGAGAAGGGGUUGUGCAAGCCUGGUGAUGCCAUUGUUGCACUUCACCGUAUCGGUGCUGCCUCUGUUAUUAAGAUCUGCAUAGUGAAGUGAUGAUGAAGAGUGUGCAGCCAUCCACUGAUCGAUGUCAAAGGUGGUUUUUUUUUUUAUUUUGCUUUCAUGAUCUUGCUUAUUAUGCUAAUUCAACUUUAUCAGAGGAUUCUGCUGGAGACCCUGUUUUCCUGAGCUAUUAGUUCAGGAUUCUAUUUUGUUUUCGUCUCGCUUCGCUUGUGAUUUCUUACUAGUUAAUAAUAUUUAUGGUGGAUUUCAUCAUGUGUCCUGGUAUGAAAAUAACAAGCAGGGAUUCAUGGAUCCUGUCAUUCAUGAUUAUAGUUUAUUUAUUUAUAUGAUUAGAUUUUCAACUAA